AUGUACGCCCGUCAGAUCAUCCUCGCCAUCGCCGCUGCGUCGGUCGCCUCCGCCAGCGCUCUUGACAACCAGGAGUUCUUCGCCCACCUCCUCAAGCGCCAGGAGCCCGGCACCCCCGCCUACAACUGCCAUGACAACUGCGGCACCGUGAUCCGUCAGGCCCUGCGCCGGCCCCGACAACUACAACAUCUGGAGGUACUACGGCAACUCCGCCAGCGCCGCCGGCGAGACCUGCGGCCUCUCCACCUCUCCCUGACCGGCAAGCAGGCCGACGUCGGCCCCUCCACCAACGAGAACGACGUUGGCGAGGAGGAGGAGACCACCCCCGCCGAGGAGACCACUCCCGCUGCCACCCAGCCUCCCACCGAGACCCAGCCUCCUGAGGAGUCGGAGCCCGCCGAGGAGACCACUCCCGCCGAGACCGAGGGUCCCGCCAAGCCUACCGGUACUGGUGCUGCCACCACCACCACUGGCGCCCCUCCCGCUAGCACUGACCCCGUCCAGGUCAACGGCGCUGGUGCCCUCAAGGCCGUCGGCCUCUUCGAGGCUGUUGCCCUCGGUGCUCUCUUCCUCAUGUAA